AUGGUAGAAUAUUUUGAUGAAAGGAGGAGAAAGAAAUCUCUUGUUGGUUCACUACUUAACACUGGAUUUAGUGCUCAAGGAGAAGCUGAAGACAGGUCAAGAGAACCUCAGGAUGCUAAUAGUUUAGAGUUAAAAGACACCCCAGCAGGAUCUGUGUUAUCUUCAACAGAAAUCAAUUUAAACAUUUUAGUGAAGAGCAGACAGCUGAACAUAGGCACCAACAUAGGCAGAGGGGCUGGAUUUAGUAGCAGUGCCUCUGGAAAUCUAGCAUUUGGUUUGGGGACAUCUGGUCAAAAGGGAUUGGAAGUCAGUAGAGCUGAUUGGAGUGAAAUUAGCAGUAGAGGAUCUGCUGGGGGUGAAUCCAUAGUUUUUUCAUCAGUUGGAACAGGGUGUUUUGGCUGGGAACUUGGAGCUAGAAGGGGCGAUGCUGCAUUUGGUUUUAGAGCUUCUGGUUUGAGUUCAUAUGGUGACAGAGGCUUUAGUAGCAGAACAGUUGAAGGAAAUUGAGUGAUUAGAUCUGAAGGAUCCAUUUCCAAUGAUCUAGGUGACACCAGUCUGAGAAUUGGGAAUACCUUUGUUGGUGAUAGCUCUGGAAAUUUGGAAUCCAAUUUAGGGGCUUUUGGUCAACAGGGAUUUGGAAUCAAUGAACUUGGAGGGGAUAGAAUGAGUGGCAGUGCAUCUGUUGGGGCUGGAUUUAAAGGCCUUGGAUCUGAUGUCAGUAGCUCAGGAAAAGGAACCCAUAUUCCAGAAGCAACCCCCAAAUACUCAGAAACAAACACAACUAUUGGUGAAGUUUCUACUUCGGGCAAAGGAGCAUAUAAAGCUUUCAAUGGCCGUGUCUUUUCCUUUGAGUCUUCAUGCACGUAUACUUUCUGCCGUCACUGUGUUGAAUCUGGAGGAGAUUUCAAUAUUGAGAUCAAACGAAACAAUAAUAGUGAGAUUGAAAAAAUAACAGUUAUAGUAGACAGUAAUGUCAUCUCUAUUGUUGGCCAUAUCAUUUUAGUUAAUGGAGAAAGGUAA